AUGCAACGUCAACUAGCGAGUUUACAAAAUACGACAGGGUUUCUGAAGGAACCAAAGCGUAUCCUUCGUGAGACCCUGAAGAGCUCCGACCUCUUGUCCGCCCAGCCGCGAACCCAUCGACUGAGCAGCAGCGAUGGUGCUUCGUCAUCUCUCUCCCCAAACAACGCUUACCAGCUCGUUUCAAGCAGUUCUCACCAGAACCAGAUGGGUAUUGCUUCGUCUCGACUUGCGACCGCCGCCAUGACGCCCCGGAGCCAGUCCAACUUAGACUUUAGCUCUGCCCCGGUCGAGCUAGAUAAUCGCAUGACACGGUCGUUUUCCAACGUGUCUGCUCAGUCUCAACCCAUGAGCCGAAGCGUUUCGCAAGUUUCCAACCCAUCGCGAGUCUCAAUCAAUGCCGGAACCCAGGGCUUCUUCCUUGGUGCCAAUGCCAACAUUGUAGACCGAACCUACCAAGACGAGUCGACCAUCUUUGCAAGCUGCGUUCGCCCUGUGCCCCACCGCCUCCCGAACGUCCAGGAAGACCCCGUCUUGGAAAUUGGCCAGAAUCCUUUGGAUUACUUGAUGUCCACCGACCAGGACUUUCAUAUCAAUGAUCUCAUGAAGAGCUCUUACAACCCCCUAGCCAAGGACGAUUAUUACGCCUAUCCUACUAGCAAUGCAACCUCGACGACCCCGUCCCUCGUCUCCGCCGACUCGGUCGCCGCAGCUGACAUGGAUCCUCUUACAAGGGAGAACAGCUCCGUUGGCCAUGCUUUCCUCGAUGCGCUUCCUCCUCCGCUCAGCAGGACUGUAAGCCAGGACCCUGCCGAUUUUGGUAUCAACCUUGCCGCUGCUGCUGAGAAGGCUGCCGUUGUGGUGCCAUAUCGUUUCGGCAUGGAUCCCUUCGUCGCCGAGAAGAUCGGCCCCGUGCCCUUCACUCUGAAUGUCAGCCAGGAUUCUUCUCCACCGACCCUGUAUCCUGUCCCCGAGUCAGUUGGGAUGAGCCGAACUGGCUCUAACAGCAGCAUCAGGUCCACCAUGUCUAAUCAGGAACGCCGUGCCAAGGAAGCCUUUGGGCGACAGAUUCAGAAUGGUCUCCGCACACCAAUCGCCCCGAGAGGAGAUCCCGAGACCAUAAAGUCCACGUCUGGCCGCCCUUCAAAUGGCUCUUCGCCCUCCAAAUCCUCGGCUUCUGCAAAGAGACAUAGCACUAUUACCCAGCAGUACCAGCGCCGCAAGCAGCCCAAGGUCUUCUGCGACAAGUGCGACGAAUACCCCGCUGGCUUCCGUGGCGAGCAUGAGUUUCGCCGACAUACCAAUUCGAAGCACGCUGCGAAGGUGACGAAGUGGAUAUGCCGCGACCCAGCGAAGGAUGGAAUCAAAUCAUCAGUUGAGGCCAUACAUCCGCUCCAAAAGUGCAAGGCUUGUGUGUCAGCCAAGCAGUAUGGCGCAUACUAUAACGCUGCCGCUCAUCUCCGUCGAGCCCACUUUAGGAAGCGGGCCAUGCGUGGCAAGAAGCAUCUUGACAACGGUGAACGCCGCAAGUUGAAGCCGCAUGACAGCUCAUGGCCGCCCAUGUCGGAGCUCAAGCAUUGGAUGGUGCAGAUCCAAGUCCGCAAAGGCGAUGGCGGGGAAAUUAUUGAAGAGGAGGUGGGGGAGGUGGGGGAAGAACAUACGAUGGUUAAUGAUCCGGAUGUUCAGUUGGAAUCCUCGCGAGGAGUUGAUUUGGCAAAGCCUCAGGAGCUUCGGCCCAACAUGAGGGAUGAUAUUGUCUUUGUCACAUCUGAAAAUGGCGCGGGGUUUGACUACACUGGGCUCGACGCGAACGCAUACCCAGGUAUGAUUAGAGAUCUUUCCAUCCUCGACCCCAUCGAAACCAUGAUGGACGUCAUGGACGGCAUGGACGGUAUGGAUGUCUCCCAGAAUCCCGCAGCCAUGAAUUCAGCCUCCUCCAGCUUCGAGUUCCCUACCUUCCAACACUCCGCUUCAGCUUCACCAUACCAAGCCGCCAUCUCACCAAUGACCUCUCCAAACCCGGGCUCGUCAGCCACAUUUGGACUUUUCCAGAUCCCGGACGCAUUCGAUAACCGCUUGGGCUAA